AUGGAUCCAGCUAAAAUGAAAGUCGUAGAUCUGAGAACCGAGCUUGGCGCUUUGGGCUUGGAUACGAAGGGUAACAAACCGGCAUUAGUGGAAAGAUUAAAGAAGGCUUUAGAAGCUAAAACUGGAAAAACUAUUGUUGACUCAUCAAUCCUGGACACAUCAACUGAAGAUGCAGAUGAACCAUCUACACCUGUUCCCGCCACACCGCGUCGUUCUGCUGCUGCAAGAACAACACGUCGGUCCUCAUCUUCUAGAUUAGCAGCAACACCUGUUAAGGUACCUCGUGAUGACCCUCCUAAGCCAAUAGAAGAAGAGUCCAAAGAUGAUGAGGAUGAAUCAAACCCAUUACCACCAGCUCCAGUGCCGGAGCCCAUACCAGAACCAGUUCCAGAGCCUGAACAAAAAGCUGAGGAACCAGAGACACCCUCUGAAAAUAAAGAGACACCUAAAGAAGAUCUAUACAGUAUAGAUGACCAAAGUCAAUCUCCAGUUCCAGAAAAAACUGAAUCCGAUGACCAUGAAGAAAUUAAAGAUACAGAUUCAGAUGUCCCUGUGUCUCAACAAGAACCGAAAGAAGAAAUAGAGAAUAACAAAGAAACAGAGGAAGAUAAAGAAGAAAAAGAAGAAGAGAAAGACGAAGAAAUGGACCAAGACAGCAAGGAUAGGAAAUUCGAAGAGGAUGAGGAAGAGAAAGAGCGGCAAAGAGAGUUAACUGAAGAAGAAGAGUGGAAACAGCUCAAUGAAAGACUCAUACAGAAGGAACAAGAAAGGAUUGAGAGGGAAAAGAAGCAAGCUGAGGAAGACGCAAAACGUUUUGAAGAGUUUAGCAAGGAUCCCGUAAAAUUACAACGGUUGAAGCGUAAACAAGAGAAGAAAGCUCGUUGGAGCAACUUCUACAAGUCCAUAGAAGUCACUAACGAAGUGCUUGCUCCACACAUUGAGGAACCAAGCAAGGAUAAAAAAGAGUCUUCAGACCAAAAGGGAUCAGAACCUGAACUCGAUGACAACAAAAUUACACUUUCUUGGUACGACAGCGACCUCAACCAGUACCUGGAGUUGCCAGAGCUGGCGUCGGUGGUGGCGCUGAGCGAAGGCGCCUUCGCGCACGCGUGGGCUGGCGCGCGCGCCUCGCACGGCGUGCUCGAUGGGCGCGUAUGCUAUGAGGUUCGCGUUGGGUCAGUGGUUACAACUACUGAGAGUGCCGAGAAGGAAACCACCGCAAGCGGUCUACGCGUGGGCUGGUCUACUGACGAUUCUAAUUUACAUCUCGGUGAAGGAGAACUUAGCUGGGGCUUCGAGAGCACCGGUAGAGCUGUCAAUAACAGUGAGUUCAAGGAAUAUGGCAAGCAGUUUAGUGAAAAAGAUGUCAUUGGUGUUUAUUUGGAUCUAGAGUCAAAUCCAUGCAAAAUCUCCUACACGCUGAACGGUUUGGAGCUCGGUACUGCCUUCGAGUUCGAGAAGGACAAGUUGCAGGGCAAGAUUGUGUAUCCGCACAUACUCACCAAGAAUACUUGCUACCGUGUCAACUUUGGCUAUGAUAGAUACAAUAUGUUAACAAGAACCAAGAUUGUAAGAAAACGUCUUGAAAUACCGGUCGAGCAAGUUUUGGAAGAAAAAAGGAAGAGAGAAGAAGAGAUAAGGAAGCAAAAAGAAGAGGCGGCGCGUAAAGACAGAGAGAGACGAGACAAAGAAAGAAAAGACAGAGAAGAACGAAUGAGAAAGAAGAGAGAGGAAAGGGAGAGAGAGAGAAAAGAAAAAGAGUCGCAAGAGAAAAAAGAUAAAGCAGAAGAAAUGGAAGUAGAUGCAGAUAAGAAAGACAAUGAAAAAGAACCAAAUGAAAAUGAGAAAGAAAAAGAAAAAGAUGCCCAGGAAGAAGUUAAUAAUGCUGCAGAAGAGAAGGAAGCUCCGGCAGAAGAAAAGAAAGAGGAACCUAAAGAAAAUGGUGAAAAGCAAGAAGAACAGGCUGCAGAAGUAAAGACUGAGCCAAUGGAGACUGAUGAGAAACCAGUCGAAAAGGAGAGCACUGAUAUUAAAGCGGAACCAUCUGACGAGGUGCAAGAAGUGACAGAGGAAGAAGUUUUGACUGGAUAUGUCUUGGACAAACGUAUAAAAUUCGUUAUAAGGUACACGGUGGAGGAGGAGCUGGACGGCGCGGAGGCGUGCCUGCUGCCCGGCCACGUGCUGCUGGCGGCCGCGCGCGCGCUGCCCGGCCCGCGCCGCCCCGCCGCCCGGCACGACUGCGAGGUACUCAUGUCUGGUGUGCAUGGCCUGAGUGAGGCGUGGGCGGGUCGAUAUAUGGUCAUCCUCAUGGUCGGCAUGCCCGGCGCCGGCAAGACUUACUGGGCAAAGAAACACUGCGAAGAGCACCCCGAGCGCAGAUACAAUAUCCUCUCCACGGGCGCCAUCUUUGACAAGAUGAAGGUGGACUGUAAGCCCUUCCGAUCCAGCUUCGAGGGCAAGUGGGACGCCAUGGUUUCCAAAUGCGCCAAAUGCGUGCUUAAAUUGUUGGAAAUCGCAAAGGGAAGGCGCCGGAAUUAUAUACUGGACCAGACGAACGUGUAUCCGUCGGCGCAAAGGAGGAAGCUAAAAGAAUUCGAUGGAUAUAGAAGGGUAGCUGUAUGCGUGGUGGUCGCGGACGCGGUGCAGCGCGAGCGCUCCAGCACACGCGAGGCGGCCGAUGGGAAGGAGGUUCCGGACCCAGCCGUGCUGGACAUGAAAGCCAACUUCAGUCUGCCUGAGGUCAGUUCGUGGUUAGACGAGGUGAUAUACCCGGAACUGCCAGAGGAUGAGGCGAAGAAGGUGGUAGAGGGCUACCAUCAAGAGGCGGCCGCGGCUGGUGCUGUGAGGGAGAAGGACAAGAGGUCGAGGUCGGCCUCCAGAGGUCGGGACGGACCUCCAAUGAAGAGGCAGAGGUCGCAGGAUAGGGAUAGACGAGGAGAUUACAGACGACGCGAUCAUCCUAGAGAUAGAGAGGACAGAUGGGGCGGCGGCGGCGGCGGCGGCGGCGGCGGCGGUGGCGGCAGUCGCUGGGCGGCGGGCGGCGCGCGCGGGCGCUGGGGCCGCGAGCGCGGCGGCAUGGCGCCGGGCCCGCGCUUCGACCGCGGCUGGGGCGCUCCGCCCGGACGGAACGACUACUCUCACUCUCGCGAACGCGACAACUUCCGCGGCGGUCGCGGAGGCCCCGCACCCCGGCAGGACAGGGGGCCCCUUAUCGGGGGUCCCACCGGCCCCGGCGGGCCAGGCCCCAACAUGGGCCCCCGAGGCCCCAACGACCGGUUCCAGAGAGACAAUAGGCCGAAUAGGGCUCCUCAUCAGGGUGAUAAACGGCCGCCGCCGCAAGCAGUCGGCAACCAGGGCAGUGCCGGUACAUGGCAACGCGGUUCCAGCGGCCAGCAAACACCGCGCGGGCCCAGACCCAACCAGCAGCUGGCCAGGCAGGGACAGGGUCAAGGACAGGAUGGACAAAACCAAACUAUGAACCAGAACCAGAAUCAAAACCCAAACCAAAACCAGAAUCAGAAUCAAAACCAGAAUUCGAACCAGAACCAAAGCUGGAACCAGUGGGCCGGCGGCUGGGGAGGUUGGGGUAAUUGGAACAACCAGAAUCAAGCAGGCUGGAACAACUGGAACAACUGGGGCGGGUGGGGCAACCAGCAGCAGCAGGGCGGUGGCGGCGGCGGCGGCGGUGGCGGCAACAGUGGUGGCGCUGGCGGCCAGCAGGGCGGCAACAAGCAGCAGCAACAGCAGCAGCAGUGGCCCAACUACACCGCGCAGCAGUGGUACCAGUGGCAGCAGUGGCAGCAGCAGCAACAGGGCUGGCAGGGGUACAACCCUCAACAGCAGCCGCCGCCGCAGCAGCAGGGCUCGCAGCAGGGCGGUGCUAAUGCCGCCGACGCCGCGCAGGCCUGGGCUCAGUACUACCAGAGCUACGGUGGAGCGAACAUGGGCAACACGAACUCGAACACGGCGAUUGAUAAGAAG